UGGGAGUUAGUGGAGUGCUGUUGUCUCUUUCACUUAUGGCUCCACCAAAUAGAGCUAUCUCAACAUCAGCCCUUCAUUUCUAUAAAGGUAUAAGCGGACGGCAGGGUCAUAGUUCCACGUGAGAUUGUGUUUUGUAAUCAGUGAAGUGCCGCCUUUAUUCUGUAGCAGAAGUACAAUGUUCGCGCGUUUGACACUUUAACAUUUGUUUGGCGCGAACACGAUUUUGAUACGCCCGUUUUUAGUGUUGCUCAUAGUGAAAUGUUUUGCAGUUAAAAAUUACAACAGUUAUUGCAAGGGCAAUAACUAGGAUUUUUUUCUCUCAAAGUUCUAUAAGGGCAUCAUCAUAGAAGAAUACGGGGUGUACACAAUGCUGCCGGCGCAGCAAAUAACGCCGAUCUCCCCUUGGCCACCCGAUACCAACCUUCUGGAUCGAAUGGACGAUCUGGCGCACAAAGGUCACAGCGGUGUUAACCAGCUCGGCGGGGUGUUUGUAGGAGGCAGACCGCUACCUGACUCCACGCGGCAGAAGAUCGUUGAGUUGGCGCACUCCGGCGCGAGGCCCUGCGACAUCAGCCGGAUACUGCAGGUCUCCAACGGCUGCGUGUCCAAGAUACUCGGCAGAUAUUACGAGACUGGGUCUAUUCGACCUCGAGCGAUCGGGGGUUCAAAGCCACGCGUAGCGACAGCAGAAGUUGUAAGCAAGAUAGCGCAGUACAAACGAGAAUGCCCCUCAAUCUUCGCGUGGGAGAUCAGAGACCGUCUGCUCAGCGAAGGAGUCUGUUCUUCGGAUAAUAUACCAAGUGUAUCAUCCAUCAACCGAGUUCUACGAAACCUGGCAGCUCAGAAAGAGAAGUCAACAAACCAGCAACCGUCGUCUGAUUGUUCCACCCCUGUGUAUGAGAGAUUACGGCUUUUGGGGACUCCGGGGUCCACGCCAAGUUGGCCUAGAGCCCCUUGGCCAACACAGAUCGAUACUCGCUCUCCUUAUCAGCUUCACAGUCUGAGCCCUGGACCUCAGCUAGGCUGCAAUGGAGAUUUAACGGUGAUGAAGAAAGGUGAAGAAACACUGGAGGGUAUUGAAGGACUCAACUCCGAUGAGACUGGGUCUGGGGAUAAUUCCAACGCAGGCUCUAGCGGAGCAGACGAUGAUGCAGCCAGGCUUCGUCUCAAGCGCAAGUUGCAGCGGAACCGCACAAGCUUCACAAACGAACAGAUUGAUAGCUUGGAGAGAGAAUUCGAAAGAACACACUACCCUGAUGUAUUCGCACGAGAGAGACUUGCGGCCAAAAUUGGUCUUCCUGAAGCUAGAAUACAGGUGUGGUUCUCGAAUCGUCGCGCGAAGUGGCGUCGAGAGGAGAAGAUCCGCAGCCAACGUCGGAGCCCCGAGUGCUACGGGGCCCCGCAGGUCCCCGCUCCUCCCGCCCCACCACUGCCUGCUCCCGCGCCACACCAUCACACGCAUCACACGCCUUAUCAACCGCAGGUCAACGUUGACACUUACAGCCCACUGACUCCAAUGGGAUACGGCGCAAGUAGUGGAAUGGUGUCAGACGCGUCGGUCUGUGAGGGAAGCGAAGCUGAUCUAUGCAAGAGCGGAUUCCUAGGUUAUCCCCGUUAUGAGCUUGGCUACCGACAGCCGCAUCCGUAUAUGAACCAUGGUUACCAGCAUGAACCAGCGUCUCCCCCACCAGAAUUGGGCGGUCUUUUAGGUGCAGGAGUUUCGGUUCCAUUGGCGGUGCCAGGUCAAGACUCUCAACAGUACUGGUCGCGUCUGCAGUGACCCUGGUGGAACUAGACAUACAUCCAACAAAUAAAACAUUCAGGCACUGAUUCAGGGAAUUACCCUAAUCGUUUAUAAGAUUAAUAAUUCC